CUCUCUCUCUCUCUCUUCUCUCUCUGUCGCUCACAAGACACUCGACGCCAUUGGGUGCUGCUGCAGUUGGUGGCGGUGCUUGUGACCGUGGUGGUAGCUGAGCUUUGGCAGGGACAUUGGUAUCUGGUGGCAAGUCGGCCGUGGCGUGAACGUGACUGUCGUGUUGAAGACGGAGUCUGCCAUCUUUUUAACGUUUGAGGCGAGCGCUGGCGCUGGAGCUAGAGCUGGGAGGCGAUGGCCACGACUGAAGAGCCGACUUGACGCCAAGGCCAUUGAUCCGCUCCUGUCGUGAGCUUCUUCUAUUGUUUUCAAGGCCUGCUGAGACGACUCUUGUAUAACUGCAACCAUGGCCAAGCGGGUUGUUAUCAAGCCAUACAAGGCUGUGAGUGCCAACAACGAGUUUAGUGAGCGCAACUGGUCACUGUUGCAGGACGCCAUGCUGAGCAUUGAGCGGCGCCAAAGCUCAUCCCUCAGCUUUGAACAGCUCUAUCGAACCGUCUACAACCUUUGCCUGGGACACCAUGAGGCCGAGGUGUACAAGCGCUUAAACCAAGCCUUUGCUGCCAUGUGUCUUCGCUAUCGUGCUGCUGCCGAAACCGGUCUUGAUAGCCAAACCACCCUUGAAUGUCUUGUCGGAGCCUACCGUGACUACUUUCUUGUGGUCAACACGGUCAAGGAUAUCUUUCUCUAUUUGGAUAAUACCUAUUGUAAACCCAAGCACUUUCCAAUUGUUUUUCAAAUGGCCUUGGCUGUCUUUCGAGCUGAGGUGGUCCUGCACGACAUGCUCAAUCGACAACUGCGGCAUGAAGUGCGCCACUUGCUGGCCCGGGAUCGUGAAGGCAAUCACACAAACCGAACUCUGUUGCGAUCAUGCGCCGUUAUGCUCGUCUCCCUUGGUCCCACGGACGACUCGUGGUCUCUCUUCCACAAGCACAUGGCACGCAUCCAUGAGGACGAGUGCGAGAGCUAUUACGCACGUCAUGGCACGGAGUAUUUGGACCAUCACUCGGUUAAAGAAUAUGUUGCAUACGCGCACGCACGAGUGCGCGAGGAAAUCGAGCGUACCGAGGAAUGCCUCGAUGCCAGCCUCUGCCCUUCCAUCACCAAACUACUGCGACCCUUGCCAGAAAUUCAAAAGCUUCAGGAAGCCAUUGCGGCCAAAUUUGAGAGUGACGUGCUGGCCCUGGGUAGCAGUGCGACUGACGACAAGGCAUCUGCAGUGAAACUCAUUGAGCAACUUGUGGGGCUGCACGAAAAGUCCACGAUUGCGCUCCGUGACGCCUUCCACCAAGAUCGGGAUUUUGCUUUUAGUAUGGCCACGGGCUUUGAACGAGGCAUUAACAAAAUCAAAAACGCAGCAGAAAGCUUGUGUCAGUACAUUGACGAUAUCCACCGGCGUGGAACGAAGGAGCUGACGGAUGGCGAAAUGGAGUCUCGGUUGGAUCACGCGGUGGCCAUUUUUCGCCACUUGGAGGAGAAGGAUGUGUUUGACAAGUACUACAAGCUGUAUCUGGGCAAGCGCUUGCUGCUCCACAAAAGCGCGUCGGAUGACGCUGAGCGCCAUUUUAUCGCACGCCUCAAGGCGGAGUGUGGUAGGUCUUGGACCGCCAAGAUGGAGGGCAUGUUCCAUGACAUUGAAGUUUCAAAGACAUUGGCUGAGGACUUUCGUCGUGCGUGCAGCAAGGACAAAAACCCUCUGUCUUAUGACUUUGAUGCAAGCAUCUUGACAUUUGGGCACUGGCCGGCCACGUCGCCCUCUGUCACUUGCAUUCUGCCUGAUGCCAUGCGGCAAGCCACACAGCGCUUUGAGGCCCACUACCAUGCUCGACACAAUGGGCGAAAGCUCAUCUGGCAACCCACACUUGGACAUGGCGAGCUGAAGACGACUUACUUGGCAAAGCGCCAACACGUCCUGCAGGUUACAACGCAGUGCAUGAUGGUGUUGCUCAAUUUCAACGGACACCUUGCAGUGGAUGCCUUGUCAUAUGGGGCGCUGCUUGAAGCUACGCAGCUUCCGGAAAAGGAUCUGCAGCGCACUCUGCAGUCAUUGGCGUGUGGCAAGCAUGUGCUCCUUACCAAGUCGUCUUCGGGCAAAACCAUACACUCUGACGACAAUUUUAAACUGAACCACCGAUUCUCAUCAAAAGCCGUUCGUGUCAAAGUGCAACAGGUGGCAGCACGAAAUGAGGAGCGAGAGGUGACAGAAAAGAAGGUGCAGGGUGAGCGACGCCUGGAGAUUGAAGCGUGUCUAGUGCGCAUCAUGAAGGCACGCCGACAGCUGGGUCACAACGAGUUGCAGAUCGAGACUAUCAAGCAGUUGGCGCCACGCUUUAAAGCGCAGCCCGCACAGAUCAAGCGGCGGGUCGAGGACCUCAUUGAGCGCGAGUUUCUCGAGCGCGAUCCCGAUGACCGAACGGUAUACCGGUACUUGGCGUAAUCCUGGCUGUUGGCUGUGCCACACCCGCUGCAUGCUGCCAUUCUCCUUGCGGCACGCUUUGCAGCCCUGCCUGUCUUGCCUUGCACCCUUUCUCCGCCACGUGCAAUUCAACCCUG